AUGGCGCCGAGUGUUAAGAAGCAUCCUUGCUUGAAGGACCUAGCCCAGUCGGUGAAGGACAUGCAGAGGCGUGGUCUGAAGGGCCGAGACGCAGCGCGAGCCUUCGUAGACGCACUCGUCAAAUGCGCCAUUGCGGCUGUCGCGAGUGACUUUGACAAAACGAUGAUUCACCUGCACUCUGGGGGGAGCGCCAGGCCGACGGAUCUCGCUGUGCUCGGAGGCAUGACUCAAGAUUUCCACGCCUUGGGAGACGAACUGGCCUCCAGGAAUAUCCCCUUGACCGUUGUCACGUUUUCCGAUGAGGGCGAAAACCGCAAUGGCAGGCUGGCGGGAAAGGCGCUGGUUGAGGCGACUCUGAAGGAAAGCGGCGCGAAAUUCGGCGUCGCGGGAGUCUGCGGCCGGUAUCCCGUCUUCUACUCGGAACCCGACGAGUACUCCAAGGUGGGCCUGACCGCGCCCAUGUCAACGGACAAGUCUUACCAUCUGGAGAAGAUGUCUGAGGUCACAGGCGUCCCGAUAGACAAAAUGGUUCUGUUAGACGACGACAUGAACAACUGCUUGUCGUUUUUCAAGAAAGGCGGCGUGGCGGUUUUUGUUGGAGGGCACGACGGCUUCAACUUUGCUCACCUUCACGUCAUCACGAAGAUGUCUUUGGUUUUACCAGACUGA